AUGGCGAAAAAGGGAAAGAAGUCGGCCAAGGAGCCACAAGAGGAUGUCCAAAGUGAAGAAGAGGACUGGGAAUCUGGAUCCAAGAAAGUGAACGCAAAAAAAUCCGAAAAAGAUGCAAAAAAAGCAGAGGAAUUACGUAAGAAGCAGGAGCGGGAGGCUCUUUUAAAACAAGAAGAGGAAUUGAUCUCUGCGAAGGCCAAAAAGUCUGGCAAGAAUGCCAAAAAUGCCUCGAAGAAGGGAGGCAUUGAUGACGCGUUUAAUGACUUUAAUAAGGCAUCCACAAUUGAUGCUUCGGGUAUUUCAGACGCACUAGGUGCAUUGGACUUACUAAAAUCCGAUGCUGGUGUUUCUCAGGCUGACAUUGAUAGACAUCCCGAGAGACGGGUCAAGGCAGCUUAUGCUGCUUUUCAAGAACGUCGCAUACCCGAACUGAAGUUGGAAAACCCCGGGCUCCGUAAACAACAGCUGGAGAAUCUUUGCUACAAGGAAUUUCAAAAGUCCCCUGAAAAUCCUAUGAACGGGAUCACUAAUGUAAGCUACAAUGCUAAGGAAGACGAAAUUCAAAACCUCAAGUUCAACGUUAAGAAACAAAAGGAAAAGAAAUAUCAGCGCUAG